GAUAAUUAGUGUCAGUAUUGAAGACUGGAGUGAAGCUUGCUGACCUGUCAACAGCAGCAUCUACAUAACCUCAGUCAUGGAUGGUUUUGACCCAGAGCAGUAUGAUGUUGACUUUUUGGAUCGUGGGGGAACUGUCCAUGAUUUCAUAGACAAUAAAAUAAAAGAGCUUAGCUUGGUGGGCUGCAGUGAACCCUUCCAUGUGGCAAAUCUAGACAAUCUGGUGAAGAAAUAUGUCAUUUGGUGUAACAACUUGCCUCGCGUCAAGCCUUUCUAUGCAGUGAAGUGCAACGACACACCGACAGUCAUCGGGGUGCUGAGCGCUCUGGGGACAGGGUUUGACUGUGCCAGCAAGGCAGAGAUUCAGCUGGCUCUGUCCCUUGGAGUAACGCCAGACAGGAUCAUUUAUGCCCAUACAAUCAAAGCAGAGUCCCAUAUCAAAUAUGCCCGCACUCAUGGAGUCCAGAUGAUGACUUUUGAUAACCAGGAAGAACUCUCAAAGAUUGCGCGUUGUCAUGCCCGCGCCAAGCUAGUGCUUCGCAUCACAGUGGAUGACUCCAAAGCCGUGAGAAGACUUAACACCAAGUUUGGGGCCAGUUUGGACUCGGCUGGUCGGCUGCUGCAGCGAGCCGGGGAGCUGGGCCUGGACGUGGUCGGAGUCAGCUUCCAUGUGGGCUGCCAGUGCACCGACAGCAGGGCGUACAGGCAGGCCAUCGCAGACGCCCGGCAGGUUUUCAACAUAGCAAGUUUGAUGGGCUUCCAGCUGAGUCUCUUGGAUAUUGGAGGAGGCUUCUCCGGGAAUGAAAACUUUAAAGUUAAAUUUGAAGAGGUUGCAGCCACCAUUAAUUUGGCACUGGAUGACUUCUUCCCCGUUGGCUGCGGGGUGCAGAUUAUCGCUGAACCAGGACGAUACUACGUGGAGUCAGCAUUCACACUCGCAGUAAAUGUCAUCGCCAAAAAAGUCAUCAUGGAGGAAGCAGCUGAACACAACAGGAGCGAGGAAGGUGUCCCUGACAGGGUGAUGAUGUACUACGUUAAUGACGGUGUGUAUGGCUCCCUGAGUUUUCUCAUCAACGAUCCUACCAGCGGCUGCAUCUCGCCUUACCUUCAAAGGGCAGCUGAAGGCAGCGAGCGGAGGUACCGCUCUGUGAUCUGGGGUCCGACCUGCGACAGCUUGGACAAGCUGACUGACAGCUGCCUCCUGCCUGAGCUGCAGGUGGGGGAGUGGCUCCUCAUGGACAACACGGGUGCCUACACCGUCUGCCUGGCCACCGACUUCAACGGCUUUGAGAAGGCGCACGUCUAUUCCGUGGUGACACCUGAGACGUGGCGAGCCUUAAACUCGUCUCACGCCUGAGGCUUUCUUCAUGGACACGACAAGGAGCAAGUCGAACUUCUUAAAACAAACAAGUCAAUAAACAAUCAAGUCAAUCAGUCAAUUAAUCAAUCAAUAAAACUGAAAAAUCUCACUCUUGUGCCAAAUCCUAGUACUGUCUCUAGAAAAAUAAUAAUACAGCGAACAUAUUCCAUAUAACCAUAACAUGUUUCAUUUGUGAUUAAAAUGUAUUGACAUGAUUGAGAUCCAAAUAAAGUGUUUUCCUUAUA